GAAAAAAUGCUGUAAAGGUUAUAAGUUUGUUCUUGGACAAUGCAUCCCUGAAGACUAUGAUGUCUGUGCCGAAGCUCCUUGCGAACAGCAGUGCACAGAUAACUUCGGGCGAGUCUUAUGCACUUGCUACCCGGGGUACCGCUAUGAUCGGGAGAGGCACAGGAACAGGGAGAAGCCUUAUUGCCUGGAUAUCGACGAGUGUGCCACAAGCAAUGGGACGCUGUGCUCUCAGAUCUGUGUCAACACGAUGGGCAGCUACAGGUGUGAGUGUCACGAAGGCUAUAUCCGGGAGGAGGAUGGCAAGACAUGCACCAAAGGAGAUAAAGCUGGGCUUCCUGAGAAAUCUGAAAAUGUGGCAAAAUCGGGGACGUGCUGUGCCUCUUGUAAGGAAUUUCAUCAAAUAAAGCAGACGGUUUUACAACUGAAGCAGAAGGUAUGA